AUGGUUAUCUCUAAAUCAAAGUGGUUAGAUAAAGGAAGGAUAUCGCACAUGUUUUGCUCUUUUUUCUCCUGUAUCCAAGAUCAAAAUAAGCUCAAACAUGAAUCACAUGAGGUGAAAAAAAAUAUUUGUAGAGAUAAUAAGGUACCCAGAGAUGAGAACAAGGCGCUAAGAAAAGAAAACAAGUCCUUGUGGGGAGAAAACAAAGCUCUUCAACGAGAAAAUAAAGCCUUCCGAAUGGACAACCAGUUAAUCCGGGAAAGAAAUCAGUUACUAAGACAGCAAAACCAGGUCCUCUGGAAGUUUAAAAGUGUGAUUUCAGAGAACCAAGAAUCGUCUAUAGAAGAAAGCAGUGCCCUGAAUACAGAAAGAAAGCCUUAUUGGCAAGAGGGUGGAGCCCUGGAUGCUCAGAUCAAGGCUCUCAGGGAGCAGGAGAAAGCUUUCCAGAAUGAGGCAAAAGCACUUCAAAAGGGAAUCAGAUCCCUUUAUGAGCAGGUCAAGGCUCUACAACAUCAGAAGAGAGCAAUCGAAAUGGAGGAACAGGCCCUGAGGAAGCAGGGAAUAGUGCUAGAGAUGGAAGAACAGGCUCUGUGGAAGGAGGAACAGGCCCUUCGUGAGGAGAACAAGGCUCUUAGAGAAGAAAACAGUGCUCUGCAAGAAGAGGAAAAAGCCCUGGGGGAAGAGGCAAAAAUCCUCGAGGAGUGGAAUAAGGUUCUUCAGAAAAAGACAGCAAACACACUUGCUGGGAACAUGUACAAUGAUGAAAAGGAGUAG